AUGUCGUUCAAAGUCAUCCGCUCCGUCGCCGACAUCCCCACCAUCUCCCGCCUCUACGGAACCGGCCGCCUCUCACCACCAACCACCACCACCCCAGCCCUCCGCCCGCCCUCCGCCUCCCUCAACACCCGCAUCUCCCUCCUCCGCGCAGACAUCACCUCCCUCCCCGUCGACGCCAUCGUCAACGCCGCGAAAAACUCCCUCCGCGGCGGCGGCGGCGUCGACGGCGCAAUCCACUCCGCCGCCGGCCGCGGCCUCGUCUCCGAGUGCAUCGCCAGGUACCCCAACGGCUGCAACACGGGCCAAGCCGUCAUCACGGGAGGCCACAACCUGCCCGCCAAACACGUCAUCCACACCGUCGGCCCCAUCUACCAGACCCGGGCGACCAGCGAGCCCCUGCUCGAGAGCUGCUACGAGAGCUGCCUUAAAGUUGCCGUCGAGAACGGCUGUGCUACCGUUGCCUUCAGCGGCAUCAGCACUGGCAUUUACGGCUACCCCAGCGAAGCGGCGGUUCAUGUGGCCUGUAGAACUGUCAGGGACUUUCUCGAGGGGGGUAACGACCAGGGCAAGAUUGAGCGUGUCAUUUUUGUUACCUUUAUGGCUAAGGACGUGAACGCAUACGAUGCCGUGUUACCCCUUUACUUCCCUCCUGAUGAAAGUGAGAUGCCUCAGUCAAGUACCGACUAA